AGUCUCCCCUUUGAUCUGUCCCCAGCCAGCCGCACACACCUGCCUGCUGGUGCCUCCGCCCCAGCUCAGACCUCUGGAAGCAGCCAGACCAAAAGGGGGUGGGGAACAGGCAUGUCCCAGCCCUCCAGGAUCCUGCUCCAGCCUCCUUCCUGCCUUGGUGGCCCCGGGUCAAAAAUAGUUCCUAGAACUGAUGAUCCAAAGCACCUGCUGUCCCCUCCCAGAGAGCCGGGAGACCCCAAAGCCCAGGACCAGUGCGGGAGCUCAACUUUGGAAAGUGUUUGGCCCAAGGCACUGGGGUGGGCUGAGGCCGACCAUGCCCAGCCUGCUGUUGCUGUUCACGGUGGCUCUGCUCUCCAGCUGGGCCCAGCUGCUGACAGAUGCCAACUCUUGGUGGUCACUAGCUAUGAAUCCGGUGCAGAGACCUGAGAUGUUCAUCAUUGGUGCUCAGCCUGUGUGCAGCCAGCUUCCUGGACUUUCCCCGGGCCAGAGGAAGCUGUGCCAGUUAUACCAGGAGCACAUGGCCUACAUCGGGGAGGGAGCCAAGACUGGCAUCAGGGAGUGCCAGCACCAGUUCCGGCAGAGGCGGUGGAACUGCACCACUGUGGACAACACGUCCGUCUUUGGCAGAGUCAUGCAGAUAGGCAGCCGGGAGACUGCCUUCACCUAUGCCGUGAGCGCCGCCGGCGUGGUGAACGCCAUCAGCCGAGCCUGCCGCGAGGGUGAGCUGUCUACCUGCGGCUGCAGCCGGGCUGCGCGGCCCAAGGAGCUGCCGCGGGACUGGCUGUGGGGUGGCUGCGGGGACAACGUGGAAUACGGCUACCGCUUUGCCAAGGAGUUCGUGGAUGCCCGGGAGCGGGAAAAGAACUUCGCCAAGGGGUCGGAGGAGCAGGGCCGAGCGCUCAUGAACCUGCAGAACAACGAGGCUGGCCGCCGGGCUGUGUAUACGAUGGCCGAUGUCGCCUGCAAAUGUCAUGGCGUCUCAGGGUCCUGCAGCCUCAAGACCUGCUGGCUUCAGCUGGCCGAGUUCCGCAAGGUGGGAGACCGACUGAAGGAGAAGUACGACGGCGCCGCGGCCAUGCGCGUCACCCGCCAGGGCAAGCUGGAGUUAGUCAACAGCCGCUUCAACCAGCCCACCCCGGAGGACCUGGUCUACGUGGACCCCAGCCCCGACUACUGCCUGCGCAACGCGACCACGGGCUCCCUGGGCACCCAGGGCCGCCUCUGCAACAAGACCUCCGAGGGCAUGGACGGCUGCGAGCUCAUGUGCUGCGGCCGCGGCUAUGACAGGUUCAAGAGCGUCCAGGUGGAGCGCUGCCACUGCAAGUUCCACUGGUGCUGCUUUGUCAGGUGCAAAAAGUGCACUGAGAUCGUUGACCAGUAUGUGUGUAAAUAACCGCGCCUCCUCUGCAACCCUCCCUCUGCUUCCCAGACGUCUCCAUUACGCAAACCUGGCAUGGGGGUGCGUUCCUGUCAUCCCACAUUCGGGGAGGUGUGGCGGGGGGGGGGGGGUGCGCUGGAGGGUAAGAAUUCUUCUAUUCAUCCUCAGCCGCGCAGUGAAUUCAAGACCAGCCUGGGCUUCGUGAAACCCUGUCUCAAAAACAAAACAGAAAAAAAAAAAAAGGUCUAUAUUAUAUAAAUAUAUCUAAAUAUAUUUUAUAUUUGUAUAAAGAAAUGGAUGGAUGGUAGAUAAUGAACAGAAGAAAACGGAAAGGGACACGCUUAUUUAAAGACUGGCGCUUUUGCUUUUAAAGGACUGGGCUUUGCUGGUACUCUGCCCGCUGUGGGAGGAAAAAAGGCUUCUUUUUUUUCCUGCUCUCUGGCAAGGACUGUCAGGACAUAGGAACACAGAACUGCCUAUCCACAUGCCCUCCAGAAGAAAGACGGUGUUUAGGUGAAGAUGAUCUUAUUUCUGGAGUCCUUUUGGGGGAAAUGAAUGUCCCAUAACCCUGGCCAGGAGGCCCUGUGGAAGGUGGGGAGGAUCUUGCUGAAAUCCUCAUGGUGGUCCAGGUGAUGACGUCAGUAAAGGAAGCAACACUUGCUUUUUCUCUCAUCAUAGGAAAUACUUGCAGGAAAGGCUCCUUCCCUCAUGUGAAGAGACAUCCCAUGUCACUUACGUAGUGAUUGCAGAGGGAUCUACACCUCUCUGGACUCUGGGCCUGCAUUUCAGUGAGACCCUUCCUCUGACGUUCACAAGCUCCGGUACCAAGAGGAAAGGGGUCAUUUUACGUGCCAGAUGUGACCACAGUGUCGGUACCUGGGCUGUGACUCAGGGCCAGGUGCAUGUUGCACCGCCCUCCUACAGGGGACAGGAGACCACGGCCUCUGCUGCUGUCACUUCUCCAGCAAGGGGGACCUGGCAGAUCAGGUCCAGCUGCCUUAGACCUGUCUUGUUAUCUCUGCCCAGAUGUACAUUGUCUCCCAGACAUAAAACACCCACCGAGGUCUGUCUCCUUUUCUUUGGGCACAUAA